CUGAAGCUGCCCACUCCCCCUUGAAUGUGGUAACAGCAACUCCCUAGACGUUAUGUGAGGCUUCGAUAUUAUUAACUUUCUUUGUUUGACACUUCUAGGACGAUAAACAAAUAUUCAGAGUUAAUAUACAUUUAUAACAUGGCUUUUCAUGGUAGCAAGUGCUGCCGCUUUAUAGUAGGCAGACAUUACGAUGUCAAGGCCCUGUCAACGCAGCGCGUGAAACUAUUUGCACCAAGCUCAACACCGAAGUUGCGGCGGUGGUAUUCCAGCGCAACACAAGAGGAAAAUGAACUUGAACUCGUAUCUCUUGCAAACUCAAGUGCAGCUGUCCCUGCAACAAAAAUUGGGACGACACAGGAGCUGGCUGUACCAGUGGGCCAGAGGCAAAGGUUGAAUGAGGAAGUUCUACCCUUCUCUGCCUUCCUGACAGACAACUUUGGCAGACAGCACAGCUACCUACGCAUUUCCCUGACGGAGAAAUGUAACCUUCGCUGUCAGUACUGUAUGCCAGAAGAGGGGGUAAAGCUCACCCCUCGUGCUCAGCUCCUGUCUACUUCCGAGGUGCUGACCGUGGCCCAGCUGUUUGUACGAGAGGGUGUGGAGAAGAUCCGCCUCACUGGGGGAGAACCUCUCAUCCGACCAGACGUCCUGGACAUCAUCACGGAGCUGAGGAAGUUAGAGGGCCUGAAGACCAUUGCUGUGACCACCAACGGUAUGAACCUGGUGAGGCUGCUGCCUAAACUGAAGGAGGCUGGUCUGGACCUGCUCAACAUCAGCCUGGACACCCUGGUGCCGGCUAAGUUUGAGUUCAUCGUCCGACGGAAAGGGUUCCACAAGGUCAUGGAAGGUAUUGACAAAGCCAUUGAGAUGGGCUAUAACCCUGUCAAGGUCAACUGUGUUGUCAUGCGGGGCCUCAACGAGGACGAGCUUCUGGACUUUGUGGCCCUGACAGAGAAGAAGCCUCUGGAAGUACGCUUCAUUGAGUACAUGCCCUUUGACGGUAACAAAUGGAACUUCAAGAAGAUGGUGAGCUACCAGGAGAUGCUGGAUCGCAUUAGACAGCAGUGGCCCAGUUUGGAACAGCUUCCACUCGGAAAGACGGACACAGCCAAGACAUUUAAGGUGCCAGGCUUUCAGGGCCAGGUGGGCUUCAUCACCUCCAUGUCGGAUCAAUUCUGUGGCUCCUGCAACCGACUACGCAUCACGGCAGACGGCAACCUCAAGGUGUGUCUGUUUGGGAAUACGGAGGUGUCCCUGAGAGACGUUCUGCGCUCUGGAGCUUCUGACCAGAAGCUGCUGGAUAUCAUUGGCGCCGCCGUGGGCAGGAAGAAGAAACAACAUGCAGGCAUGUUCAGCAUCUCCCAGAUGAAGAACAGACCCAUGAUCCUCAUCGGUGGGUGAUGCGGCUGUACGUAACACUCACUCAUUCGCUUCCCCUCUCUCUCCUCUACCCCUCCCCUCACCCCCCUCUCUCUCUCCUUCACUCUCUGAUCUUCGCUCUCCUUAUCUCGUACCCUCAGUCCAUUUGAUUGAAUUUGAUUAAGUGAACACACAGUUGUACUAGGCUGCUGAUUUUUCUACUUCUAUGAGUGUAUUGGAAGUUCAUUAAUACACUGAAAAGGUGCAUUCCACUACCUACUGUGCUGGAGUGUGUACAGUCUGAACGGGCUGAUUUACUGCCACUUGCAGUUAAUGGAGUCAGAGACAGUAAAGAAAGCAACACCUCCUCUACCUUCUCUGGGGCAUGGAAAGGAGACAUCUCACCGGCCCAUUUUCUGGUCACGUGAGUGCGAACGGGUAUGGACAAUAAGUAGACCAGAGCCAGCAGUUCCCUCUCUCGUAUGAACAUGCCAGAGAUUAUGGAGGAACUGAGAGAGAGGGAUUGCCCACUUGCAUGAACCUUGAAAAAAAUGGACAUGGUAAACGUCUUAAGUCGUUCAUCUUAAUUUAUCCACCAUCUUUGAUGGAAUGUUUGCAAAGGAGUAUAAAUCAUUGGCUGACCCCUCCUGUUUAGCAAGUCCCACCCAGACUUCUCCUAAAUGGUGAAAGCCCUUAAUGGCACUGCCCACGAACCCACAGAAGCGACCUCUGAGUGGUGAUACCAGCUGCAUCGUAUUCUUCUGGUGUACAAAAUGGGAAACCAUGAUCCACUUCUUGGAUCGAGGCCUUUUUUACCUCAAUCAACUUUUUAAGUAAAAUUACUGAUCGAAUGGCAAUAAUGAUAAUAUUGCAAUCUGUUUUUGUUUUGUUUUAAAUGUUGACUCCCUAAACCCUAAACUUAAUUUGAUCCCUGUCUCUGACACCAAACC